ACGUAGGAGGAGAGGGUAGGUGGAAGCUGGGAUCCCGGCGGGGUGUCGGAAGGCGUCGGAGCGCAACGCCGAGGAGAGAAGGACAGCGAUGGAGAGGACGAGGGCGGCGGCAACCUGCCCAACGAGGUUUAGAGAUCUAAAGCCUGCCUUGUCGCAAUCAACGGUGAAGAUUUUGGAUGAGAUGGGAUUCGAUCGCACGACUCCUGUGCAGGCGGCUACGGUUCCCUUGUUUAUGUCCAAUAAAGACGUGGCAGUGGAAGCAGUAACGGGUUCAGGGAAAACCCUGGCGUUCGUUAUACCCAUGGUCGAGAUACUUAGAAAAUUGGAAGAACCUCUCAAGCGACAUCAAGUAGGGGCGGUGGUGGUCUCGCCGACGAGGGAGCUUGCAUUUCAAAUCUACACUGUGGCAUGCCCGUUUGUUGCCAGCGUGGCAGGCCUGCGUGCACAGUUACUCGUUGGUGGAACUGACGUGGCAGCAGAUGUGGCAAGUUUCAAUCAAGAAGGUGCACAAAUACUCAUAGGGACGCCUGGACGAUUGGAUGACAUCAUGGACAGGUGCACGACCAUGGAACUCCGCAAACUCGAGGUUCUCGUCCUCGACGAGGCUGAUCGCCUGCUUGAUAUGGGUUUCCACCGUCAGAUUUCUUCCAUCAUCCAACGGCUACCAAAGCAACGGCGAACAGGCCUGUUCUCUGCAACACAGACGGAAGAGGUGGAGGAACUCGCAAGGGCGGGGAUGCGGAACGCGGUGAGGGUGGAGGUGAAGUCGCAGCCGGUGAAAAAGAGCAAAAAGGCAAAACCUGCACCGGACGAAGGUGCGGGUAAAGGAAGCGAAGCCGUGUAUCCUCCCAAGCUGCUUGGUCCUCAUUCGGAUGUUCCGAAGACUCCCGCCAAUCUUCGGAUGCAGUAUGUGGUGAGUGAAGCAGACGAGAAGCUUGGACAGCUGGUGCAUUUUCUGAGCGAACAUGCCACAGCCAAGAUCAUUAUGUAUGUAAUGACAUGUGCAUGUGUUAACUACUGGGGAACCCUGCUCCCAUGCCUCAAGCCGUUGCGCUCAUUGCAGAUCGUGGCUCUUCAUGGGAAGAUGAAACAGAGUGCUCGUGAGAGUGCACUUGCCUCAUAUGCGGCAAUGCCAGCUGGAGUUCUUCUCUGCACGGAUGUUGCUGCUCGUGGGCUAGAUAUUCCUGGAGUCGACUGGAUCGUUCAGUAUGACCCUCCGCAAGACCCCAAUGCAUUCGUCCACCGAGUCGGACGCACAGCGAGGAUGGGCCGAUCAGGAAGCGCAGUUGUCUACCUACUUCCGAAGGAGGAUGCCUACGUCGAAUUCCUGAAGCUACGAAGUGUACCUAUGGAACCCGCGGGCCCGGUACCAUCAUUCCCCGACGCAAUUGAAAUGGUGAGGAAGGAAGCCAGAAAGGACAGAGAUGUUAUGGAGAAGGGAGUUCGGGCUUUUGUGUCUUAUAUCCGGGGUUACAAGGAGCACCAGUGCAAGUUCAUUUUCAGGUUCGAAGACUUGGACUUUGGGUUACUUUGCAUGGGAUUCGGUCUUCUGCAAGUUCCCAGCAUGCCGGAAUUGAGACCUCGGAAAGGCGGCAGAAAGCCAGCCCUGUUUUCAACGGAGAAGUUCGUACCCGUCAAAGAUCUGGAUGUGAAUGCAAUAAAAUAUAGGGAUCGAGCGCGAGAGAAACAGCGGAGGAAGUUGAUGGCGAAAGCCGUUGAAGCAAAGAGCAAGCGUCAAUCAUCUGUUCGGCGGGGCAAGGGUGCGAUGGGAUCAUCGCUUGAGAAAUCCGAGGGUGUAAAAAACCCAAGUGAACUGGAGAUCAUGAAAAUGCGGAAAACCCCACGAACGCCGAAUGACGUCGAUGAAGACGAGUUAGAGGAAGAUUACCGUCUGCUUAAGAAGCUAAAGAAGGGUCUUGUGACCGAGGCAGAGUACGAAGCAGCAAUCUGUGAUGAGAUGGAUGAUGACGCAAGCCAUGAGGGACGCGAAGAAGGUGGUGUUGGCGGGAACGAUCAAGCAGAGAAUGACAAUUGUGAUUCUGAGAAUCUAUGCGUGGAACACGUAGAUGAUCUGGCGCCAGUGAAGCAGAAUAUGGAGAAGACGGAGAAUCCACGUGAUGGUCAUGGGUUUGCUGAGGGCCGUGCGCGCAGGCAGAAGGGUGGCAGAGGGUUUAGGGCAGAAAAGCGAAGGGGUCACCCUUGGAAAGGCACUCGGGGAAAGAUGACCAAGAGGAUAAGGAGGGGCAAGUCUAAAGCAGCCGGCAGUGCGAGGUAGCAAUUGUGAAAAGGGCACAUUGUAAUCAUACCACUUGGUGCCACACUCU